AUGAAAUUCUCAAUUUUCGCAUCGCUACUUGCCUUUACCGGCCUGGUCUCUUGUGCUCCGGUUCCUGAUGUUGAAAUCGAACGUCGCGCUGUGACACUAAUCUACCCAUCGCUUGCCGUCAAUAUCUUUACUCCCAGCAAUGGGGUUGUCAUGGGUGAUGUCUACGUCUUCAGGUACACCGCACAAGGAAUCCAGCACGAGACCAAUUCCCUUCUCUCGUUUGACUUCCCGAGCGGUUACGGAGGCAAAACCUGCAGCUUCUCCUUUGCCAAUGGGUGGGCACAGCCACCCAGCGAAGUUUCAAACUCGCGGAAGGUUCAGCUCUUCAGCGUGGGUGGACCGAUUUCGGCGACGAACACCUACACCAGCAGGCCGUACAGGAAUGUCUCGUACGGGAUUUUCUCCGUUACUUCGAACGGUGCUGUGGGAACCUGGGAUGGACAAACCCCGACUUUCCCAUGCCCGGCUUCGGCGACGACAAUCGGAUUUGAGGUGGCGCCCCAGGGUGAUUACGAUGAUGUUUCCUGGCCGCUGAAGGCGGGGUUGGCGGUGGUUGUUUUGUAG